GACAGACCAAUAAGUAAUAACCAUGAUAAAUUAAAUAGAUAUGACAACAAAAAUUCAAUGUUUAUCGUGUUCAUGCAUAUUUCUUCCCCCCGACUACACUUGUGAUGUAGUUUUUCGGCUCAUCCUAUUGGUUGUAUUAUGUUGCACUGUAGGUAAGUAGGUACCGACUUAUUUUAAGUUAAAUUAGAUAAUAAAAUUACCUAGGUUUUAUUAUUCAUCAAGAUAAUAAAAAAAAAGAAACUAUGUUUAAAGAUUUUUUUUUCAUAAAACAGUUUAUUAUGGUAAAAACAAAUAAUAAAGGAGGUCGAUAUGUAAUAUAAAUUGACUACUAAUAUUCAGUAAACUAAAAAUAUACUUACUGCCUGUUGGAAUUAGUGUCUUUUGCCAUGAUUUACUUUGCAAAAUUAUGACUUAAAUUUAAAUAUAAACAGAAAACAAAUAUCAUAUGAAUAGUUAGUUUUUUAAUUCUAACUUUAGUGAAGAAUGUAUUGGUUUUACUAAAACGUUUAUUUUAUUUUUUUAUACCGUGUACAAAAUUUCUACCAGAUAUCUUGUUUCAAAGUUUCAAGUAUAGCACCAUUUCUGAAAGAGAAUUUUUGAGGUGGUACUUUAAGGAGUUCAUGUUUUGGUUUUUCCAAUUAAUGAGAAAACCGAAGGAAUUCCAAGAAAAUUUACUAAAUGUAGGUAUUAGUAAAAAAAUAUUAAAGUACUAUUAUUUUAUGUAUAUUUUGCUAUUUGGCACCUCCAUAGCCUUGUAAACCACUUUUAACAUUGCUUUUAUAGCAUAGUAAAUAUGUUCUUAUAAAUCAUUUAUACCUUUACCUACUAUUAAAAUAUAUUAUAUGUAUCAAAGUAUAAAAAAUGCCAUUUAAUACUUCUAUAAAAUUAACAAUAUUAAAAAUAAUACUAUUGCAUUUUAGCUUGAAAUUACAUUGGUACACAAAAAAUCCUAUAUUAUUAAAACAUUUAAAGAUUUUAUAUUUUAUAUAAAAGCACUUAAACCUUUACCCAAAUAAAUUGUUUAAAUUUAACCUAUUAUUAAUGAAUUUUACCAAAAUUAUAAAAAGAUAGGUGCUUAUUGCUUAUACUCAAAUUGUUAUGGAUUCAAAAUAUAAAUAUAUGUUUCUAAAUAAAGUAUAUACAUAGAGUAUGUAAGUGUAUUAGAUCAAUUAAGGAAUAAAUAAAUUGCUUAUUAUCCUUUUUUUUAUUUAAAUAUAUUCGCUAUAAUAAAUUUAUCGGGUUCAACCAUAAACUAAAUUGAUUUAUGAAGUUUAACAAUAACCAAUUUAAUGAAUUUUAAAUACUUAUAAAAUAAAUAAGUCAUAUUUGAUAAUAAACUAGAUUUUGUAUUAUGGAAAAAGAAAAAUGGAUUAAUUUAAAAUGUAGCAAUACCAUUAUUAAAGAUAAGUACCUGCAUUUAUUUUAACUAUAUAAAUGCAUUAUUUAAAAUAAAAAUCAGGAUCAUUAGAAGAAUAAAUCACUAUAUUUACGUAAUAGAUUAUUAUUAAUGAAUACAAAAAAAUAUAAUCAGAAUGACAAAAAUAGUUAAAUUCAUUUAAUAUUCUAAAUAUAAGUAAAAGUUUAUAUAUUAUAUUAAAACUAAGAUUGGUUUUUUAUUUCAAAUACUGUUUAAAUUUAAUUUAACUGUCUGGCUUUACAUAUAUUACUUAAAAGAGUUGAACAUUCUUGUAGUCUUUCUAAUUCGCCCACUGACAUUUGAGUUUUGCUUACAAUAUUAUUUAAACAAUCAACAUCUGUUUUAAGUUUAUCCAACAUUUUAUCUAAUGUCCGACGAAAUGAACAUACAUGUUGAAAUUUUCCAUUACGAGAUAAUUGUUCAAAAUAUUGUAUAAAAUCAUUAUAAUUGUAGACAGGUUUGAUUUUCAUUUCUAAAUAGUCAGUUAUUAUAGUUGUAACUUCAGGUUUUUUGAAAAGCAUAUUCAUCAAAUUAUUUUUAUUUUUACAGACACUAGAAAUAUACACUAUAGUUUCAACUGUCCAUUGUUGUAUUAAUGGAUGAUUGUCAAAUAAGUACUCAAGAAGAAUUUCUAGAGUAAGAUGUUCUUGAAAUGUUGGCAUGUACAGUAAUAUUGAUCGGAUCAAUUUUAGUCUACAACGUUUAAUUUCUGUAGUAUCUUCAUGAGUACGGACACUUAACAUUUUAGUUGUCUAUAAUAAACAAACACAUUAUUGUCUUUAAUAAUAAUAACAAUAUUUACAUUGUAUUUUAAUCACAUUAAUAAAAUAAUUAAAAACUAAAAUAUUGUUGGUAUACUUUUGGAAUGGCAGCUUUAAGUAAUGUUUUAGAACCAAUACUGAUUUCAACUAGCGCACAUAAAAAAUUUGGUGGAUACUCAUCUUUAACACAAGUCCAUAAAUGUAUAAUAUCUUCGGUUAAGUGAUCCAUAUUUGUUUGUUCUGGUAAUAUAUUUAUAAUUUUUAGCUAUAAAAUCAUUUAUAUAAAUUAAAAAUUAAAAAUAAUGCAUUAUUUGAACAAUGGAAUGAAAUACAAGUAGUACAAGUUUAACAUAAAAAAAAAUAUAAUUGUUUAAUAGGUACCAAUUCUGAUAAAUGAUUGUUUUUCAAAAGUGUUGGAACAUCCAGUAUUCCAAUUGCAGAUUUUAGACUUUGGAUUUUUAAUUGAGGACAGAUGUUCACUAACUGAUUUUUAUUGGUUAUCAGAGCAAAAUGUCUCCGUAAUAACAUUUCAAGAUAUAUGCACUGUGGACAUUGAGUAAAACAUGAAAAGUCAUUUAAUGCUUCAUAAAGUCUAGCUAAUUUUGAAAACUGUAAAUUACAUAAGUCAGGUGUCAAAUGCCUAAAGAAAAUAGAAAUAUAUUUAUGUUAUUAUUUAAUUGUACAGAAUUAAUUAAUAACUAAAAAUAAACCUCAUAAUAAUAAUCCACAAAUCGCUACUAAAUAUAGCUGGCCAAUACUCAGUAUUAAGAAUAUUUUGUAUCAAUAUUUUUUCAACUUUUUCAAACAAAAUAUAUUCAGAUACCAGAAUUACUGAUGCUAAAUGUAUAAGUAAAUUUUCGUAUAAAUCUCCAUUGUCACAACAUAUUACUGAAUCAGUAUAUCUUAUCAAUUGAAAAAUAGUGUAAAUAAUCGCAUAAGCUAAUUGAUUCCAUGAAGUUUUAGAUAAAUGUUUUAAGAGCAACAUUGCAAUGUACAAUGCAGAUAACUUUUGACUUGAUGAAUUGUUAUUAAUUAAUUUUUGACAGCUUGAUAGAAAUACCUAAAUGAUAAAAAAAUUAUAAUCUAAUUUUUUUUUAAUGAUUUAACUGAAUUUUAAAUUACCUUCACAAAUUUUUCAUCAGAUAUCAACACCAAAUUAUCAACAUAUUGCAAUAAACGAUCUUUUAUGAUAACGGAAUCUUGUGUAUUGGACAACCAAAAGCUAAAAGUAUAAUAAAUGUAACAAUAUUAUCAAAUAAAUGAAAAUGAUUUUCAUUCAUUAUAAUAUUGGAUAUUUUGUAUUCAUAGUAUUUAUAGCAUACCUAUUCAAAAAUAAAAUAAACUCCACUAGUAUAUUAUGGGAUUUUAAUAUAUGACCAUGUGAGCAAAGUUUAACCAAAACACUCAUCAUGUAGGUGGAUAAUUUUAGUGAUGCUUCAUCGCUAUAAUUAAAAGAAGAAACAAUUUUUUUCAAUUCAGUGCACAGAAAUUGAAUUGGUUCAUCAUUAAUAAUAUUUUCUUUCAAUUCUGCUGAGUAUUUCUGCGAGAUAGUAAUAUAAACUUUCCAAUUAGUAGCCAUAAUUUUAUUACUUGCAGUAUAUACUACUUCACCAGCAUACCAAAUGUGAUGUAAAACUAUAUGCAAACAUUUCUUAUUGUUAGUAAAUAUUAAUUGUUGGUAUAAGUCUAUACCAGUGGUUUUCAAACUUUUAUUAAAUACACCACAUUGUGCUUUUCAAAAUAUGUUCACAGCACGCUGUGAUCUUUUUUUUUGAUAUUUCGCUAAGUACAAGGAUCAUCCACAUAACUAGUAAGAGAUAAACCUAUUUUUAAGUAAUCUAGUUCAGUAAUACUGACAAAUUUUACUAUAUUUUGGUUUUUUUUUUUUUUUUAUGGUUGACUUACUGAAGUAUUGUCAACAUAACGAGUUACAAAUUUAUCCAUAUUAAUAAUUAUUACUAUAAGUAAAUUAAUAUCACAAAUGUAUUUCUAAAAAAUACUUGUAUUCUGUUAAAUAGAAUCAACAGAUAUAUAGAAUGACGUGACAAACAAGUAACAACACUACAAAUAGGGCAUAUACAUACAGUUGGCUACAAUGAAUAUACUGACUGGGGACUAAUAGAAUUACUUAUAAAUUGUAUUGAUCAAUAAUUAUCUAAGAUAACUUGUCUUAAUCACUUUAUUCUUACCAACUGUCGAUUUAUUAAUACAUAAAUAUAAAAAAUGUAUAACGAUUGAACUCAUUGAAUUAAUUAGAUUAAUUUGCAUAUCACAAUUCAAUACAAUUAGUUAUUUAUGAAAAUAUAUUUCAGAAGACCAUGUCAUACCUAGUGAAUGCUUGCGGCACACUAGAGUGCCGCAGCACUCAGCUUGAAAACCACUAGUCUAUACUAAGUACAUCAAUUUUUUUUUUUAAACACUUUUAUUUUAAAAAAUACUCGCAACACUGAUUCUGAAAAUGUUUGAACUUUUUUAAAGGGAAACCAUUAUUAAAAAAAGUUAUAGCUAUUUGAAGUUCUUCAUUUUAUAUUAUAUUAAGAGAUGUGCCCCUUAAAAAGGCAAUUUUUUCUUUUUACUGAUGAUUUUGCAUAACAAAUCUUGGUUAUUUUUUAUUCAAAAUCAGACAUUAGCUAGCGAAUUGAGAUCAUGCAGUUUGCCAAAAGUUUGGACUCACAAAGUAAAUUUUAGGUUUAUAUUUAGGAUACUAUCCUCUUAGUAGCAGUAUCAGAUUGAAAAUUCUAGGGUAGGUAAUUUAGGGAGCUCCUUCCUCUCCUUAUAAAGGGGUUUAAAUAGGAUAGUUUUAAUUUUGUUUUUGUGCUUUAACUUCUUUGAUAAUGAUGUCCACAAAAAUAUUUAAAUAUUUUCGAAAUCAGCAUUGAAAAACAUGUAAAUUCCAAAAAAAGUUGUAAGGUAUACUUGUUUCAAUUUUCCUUACAUUUCAGCAAUAAACUAACAUCUUCUUUCAAUGUUACAUUAAACUCAAUUUUUUCUAAAUAAUUUAAAAUUAAUUUUUGUAAUUCUGAUGUCGUUUUGAAUAACUCAGUGAGCAAUUGUUUUAUGUUAAUAAUAAAUUCUCCAUAGAUAAGAUUACUUUCUGAACAAUGUUUAAAAGCCAUUAUUACACCUUUUUCAUAUGAUACAAGGCUAUUUACACCUAUAGUAGAAGACGAUUCUUUUUCCAUAACAUGUUCCAAAAUAUAUUUACCAUUGUUCAAAAUAUCAAUACAAUUCUAAAAAAAAUAAAAAUUUUAAAAAAUUUAAACUCAAAUCAUGUAUUUUACCUAUUUUUUUUUUUUUGUGGAUAUUAAAAUGUAUAUAAGAACCUGUAAUAACUUUUGUAUUGGCAAUUUCUUACUUUCUUUAUAAUUUGAAUCAUCAAUGAUUUGUUUUAUAUUGUCCAAUUUCUAAAAGAAUCAAUAAAUGGAAAAAGUCAGUUAAUAUAAUAAACACUAUUACUUGUACAAAUAUAAUAUUAAUUAUUAUAGUAUUACAUUGUUCAGAUCUGUAUAACAAAAAUUACUAAAAUAAACUUCUUUAGUAAUGUCGUCCAUAAUUUUAUUUUAGAUUGAAAUAUAUUAAAAUAAAAUAUUCAAUAUAUAUUCAAAUAAAAUAAUUGAAAUGUAUGAAUAUUUUAGAAUAUACUAAAUUUCAAAAUCUUCAAAUAUUGUUGGGGUAUAUGACAAUAAAAUUAUAUAUUUUAUUUAGAAUUGAUUAACGUAAAAUAACGAUAGUUACAAACUUAAAAUAGCACAACAAAUUAACAAUAAAUUCGAGAUGUACUUAUAACCGGUGAACAUUUCCGAUUUCCGACAAUAAUUAUAUCUGAUAACUAUAAGGGAAAUUUUGUAUGAUAAGUACAUAGAGUAGUACCACAGAGUAUUACUCUAUGAGUAGUACCCAUAUCAUAUACUAGAAAUACGUUGGUACAAACCGGUGUACCGAUCCGAUACAUUUUAUACCGGUUUAUUAACAUAUGUCGGUACACGACACAAAUGCGUAUACCUAAAAAUCAGCUGGCGGCUUAUGACGGAUGAUACUGUAAUAAUAGUGAUGAGGUAGAAAUUAAAUUCAAAUUUUGAAUUUUUUUUUACUUUUAGGCUGAGAACAUACUUCAGAGCGGUGAGUGGUAAAGUGAUAAGCGAUUUCUCCUCACCUCUCACCGCUCAGCGACAAAGUGGCCGUACUAUAUUGUGUUUAAUUUUCCGUGAUAACUGAAAUAUAAUAAAAUAUACAACACUAUCUAGGUUAAACCGUCAAACUACAACUGUUCAAAACACGAGUAGACACAAGGCCACAUUAAAAUAAAUACAACUUUUUUUGUAAUUAUUGAAUUGGAUUGUGAUUAUAAAUAAUGCUGAUAAGGGUUUGACGCUUAGCGCCACAGAUAUCUAUAUUAUACUAAUAUAGAUAAUAUAGAUAUUUGUGCUCAACGCUAAUCAAUAAAAAUCAAAAUGGUUUGACGCUCAUCAUGAGCGGUGGACGUUAACGCUCACCGCUCACAAAUGCAGUAUGACCACUUUUAUACCAAAUGAUAUGUUUAAUUCGUCAACAAACAUGACGCUCACUACUCUGAAGUAUGUCCCCAGCCUUAUAGUUUUAUUAUUAAAUUUGCUAUUUAUUACUUAGAUAUCCAAAGUAUUCAAAAUAUUUUUUUAAUUUAAUCAUUACCUUUUUUUUUAUUAAUAUGGGCAAAGUAAGUUGUUUUUAUUGCCAAUCAACGGCAACUAAAAUUCCAGGCUUAACAUUUCACACGUAAGUUAUAAAUCCAUGACCAUUGUUAUAUAGAAUGAAUACUUGGCUGUUAAUAAGUACUAUUUUGUAAAUGAAAAUUACAUUUUAAGGUUACCUGCUGAUAAAAAUUUACAUAAUGCUUGGCUAAAAGCUUGUGGCUAUUCCGAAAACGACUAUUCAAAAGAUAGGAAAAUAUGUUCUCUCCACUUUGAAGAUGAUUGUUAUAGGAUCACUAAAUCAAGGAAAUUAUUAAAAAUUGGCGCAGUUCCUACAAAAUUUAAGAAAGUUGCAAAAAAUGUAUAUGUAAAGAGGUCUAAGUAAGACUAUAAUAAUUUUUUUAUGUGUUUUUAUUUUUAGUAAUUUAAUUUUCUUGAAACAGAAAACAAAAGGUUGAACACAAUCAAUGCAUACCCGAUGAUAAAAAUGUUAUAGAAUCUACCAAAAGUAAGAAUAAUUAUUAUUAUAUUUGAAUGCAAUUGAAAAUGUGUAUACUGUUUUUUAGUACUUGAAAUAACUGAUAGUGAACCAUCUUGCUCACACAAUGACAUAAGUGAAAAUAUUAACCAGUAUAUUAUAGAUAGUACUCAUUGAACUUAAAAAUAUCUGGAACGUUUACCAUGCAAUAUUGCCCAAACGAGCAUGUUAAAAAUAGAUGGUGAAUAUUUUAGGUAUAUCUAAUGUAUAAUUUUAUUUUAUAUUGCCAUGUAUUUAGUAAUAAUUAAUUGUAUUUACUACUUAUGGUUCUAGAAUCAUAAUUACUGAACUACGGGAUAUUUAUAAUCUAAAUAUAUAUAUUAUAUUAUCCUACUAUAAUAUUAUAAAUAUGAAAGUUUGUGAGGAAAUAUGGAUGUUUGUUGCUUUUUCAUACAAAAACGACAGGACCAAUUGAGCUGAAACUAUAGGAUUAUUGUUCAUGUAUCAGAAUAACAUAUAGGCUAUUUUCUAUCACGGAAUUCAACCCCUAAAAGAUGGCAGAUACGGGGAUUUUGGUAUUUUGUGGUAUAUUUUUUGUUGAUUGGUUACCUUGAGAACAGUCAAUAUUAUCUGGGAUGAGGGAUAUGAGAUUUUUUCACUUUAUCCAAACUGUUAAUUCAGCACCCCAAAACCAAAAUGUAAAAAAAAUAAACAACUUAAAAAAUAUUUAAUUAUUUACUUAUUUAUUAAUUUAAGAAAUGUAUCAGAAUCAGAAUCAGAAAGAAAUAAAAAAUAUUGAUAUAUUUAAUUUAUUUUAUAAUACAACACGAGCUCAUUUUGACCAUAAUGUGAACAAAUUUUUUUCAUUGUAUAUCUUAUAGUCUUUUUCAAUUCUUGACCAGACACCAAUUUCAGUAACACAUUUUUUUUUCUAUCUUUAGCUUGUACAUUAAAUUUAUACUACUUUAAACAGGUUCUAAUAUAUCUUAAACAAACAUUUUUGAGUAUUAUAUAUACUAUAAAAAAAACAUUUUAUUAAAUAUGCUAAUAAUAUUACUUAAAAAUUAAAAAAACUUGGUCUAUUUAGUAUUAAAAUUAUAUAUAAUAUGUAUUUUUUUUUAAUUUGGAAUAUCUUAUUUAAAUAUUAUUAAUAAAAAAUAAAGUAAAUAAAUGUGUGGCCUGGAGUAUUAUGAUCAGUGUAUUAUAAAAUUGGUUUCGAAUUAAAAAAUUAAAUGAAGGAAUACAUAGAAAAAAAAAAUUGUACAGAUUGGUCAUUUUACAUGGAAAUAAUUUAUUUGAAUAGAUGAGAUUAUUUAAAAUAGGUUAUUAUUAGACAUAGAUAUGUUAAGAAAUAUAAAUUAUUUGAUUACUAUUUACUAUCUAAAAUGUAUUGGUACAAGAUAUUAUUUUUAAAUCGGUUUGUACAUUUAAAAUAUUAAAUUUAUUUUGCUUUAUUUCAUUGUAUAAAUGUGAUUCUUCUAAAACUGAAUUAAUUUAAAUGUUAAAAGUCUGUAUUAAUAUUAAAUCUUAUAUUAUGGUUAUUUUCUAAAACAUGUUUAAUAAAAUUUGAAUUAGGAGUGGCCUUUUUAAAUUUUAUUUCAGAAAUGUGUUCUUUAUAUCUUAUUUUAAAAUUUCUGUUCAUCUUACCUAUAUAUACAAUUUAUCACAGUUAUAUUUAAGUUUAUAUAUACUAGAACUUUUUAAAAAAGGGAUUUUUUGUGAAAUUUUUAGUUUUAAAAUGUAUAUGUUUGAUUAAAUUAUUACUAGUAUUAAAAGUGAUUUUUACAUUAUUUGUAUUGUUCAGAAUUUUAAAGAAUUCUUUAGACAUAUUAUUUUGAUAUUUCAUACUUCAAUAGUUGACAAUAUUAUUUGGUGAGUUGUGUAUUAUUUUUUCUUUAAUAUGUUUAUGAACUUUUUUUAAUAUUCUUUAAAUUAAAAUAAUUCUAUGGGCUGUUUUAAAUUCCUCUAAAUGCCCUUUUAACUAACAUUUACAUGCAAAAUUAUGAAACCAAUAAUAUUAUUAACGACAAAAUAUAAUCUAUAUAUAAAAGUAUAUUAUAGACAUGUUGAUGGCAUAUUUAUUUUAUUUAGAUGUUCAUAUAAACGAGCAGAAAAUUUAAUUAACUACUUAAACAAAAUGAAUAAAAACAUUCAAUUUAUACUCGAAAUACAAAUUAAUAAUAAACUAAAUUUCUCAGAUCUUUCAGUUUUCAUAAUAGACAAUAAAUUUGAAUUUUGUAUUCACAGAAAACCUACACUAACUGAUUCUAUAAUACCACAUGAUUCAAAUCAUCCUUAAUUCAAUAUUCUGUAAACUUGAACGUACUUCAUUAAAUAAACAUAAUUAUCAACACCCAGCUCAAUAUUAUUUAUAAUAUAGCCCAUAGAAGUUAUUUCAAUUUUAAAAUUCCACUUACAACUGCUCUGUCAUGUUCUUUUUUACUAAAAUGUAGACUGCAUCAAAAUGAAUUACUACUAGGUUUGAAAUUUGUUCAUCUAACAGAAUGUAUCCAUUUUUUUAGUCUUUCAUUACCAUUAAUUAGAAACCUUAGACCAUAAAAAUAUAAAGUAAAAUUAUUUAUAUAGGUACCUAUAACAUAAAUAAAUACAAUAAUGAAAUAAUCAACCACAGUUAACAUUUAUAUUAACUUGUGAAAAAUUAAUUAAUUUUUUACAACACUAGUGUAAUUAAAGGCACCACAAAAAUUACUAUACAUUUUAAAACAAACAAUUCUUAAAAUAGCUGAAAUUGAUAGUCUCUAAGCAUUGAAAAAUUAAUAGGAUAUGAUGUAAUAUGUAUAAAGAUAGUGAUAGAAAUACCUAAAAUAUUCACUAUCUCUAACAGGCCCGCUCGGUUUUAUUUACAUAUGGGCGGUGAGCGUACCAUUUAUCUUAUAGUAGUACCAUAAACAUGGAGAUAAGAGAUGUUAUCUUUAAUCUUUAUGAUCAUAAAUUGAUCGAUUAAAAUACAUAUUAUACUUUGAUAGCUUAUUCCAUGAUGGAAAGGUUAGGUUGCGUAAAGGACUACUUAGAUUUUCUCGUUUUUUCCACGGUUUUCCAAAAACCAUAGUUUAAUGGAACUACAUUAAGUGUUCCGAUUUUAGAACAACGAAUUAAUUCGUAAGUCAUUUGUAAAAUACCUAGUUAAAUUAAGUGGAAAAAAAUAAUAAUGUGGGUAGACACGUAAGGUUAUUUUGAAAACAAAAACGGCGAAUUGAAUUUCAAUUUAAAAUCCGUAUAGCGUACCUAUGUUGAGACACCAUUUUUUUCUAGAGUGCCCCUCCCUAAUUGAUGUUUGUGUGUCUUCCUACCUUACUCUAAUGGCGGAUCUAAUGGAUGAUUUCAGUAAUCAGUAGUAGAAUUUUAGUUGUUAGUUUAAUCAGUUUUGUCAUGAUUUUAUUUUCUAUUGUUUCUAGUAUUUCAGUGAUUUAACGUUAGUUUCUGUUGAUUUCAGAUUGUAGUGUCUACAUUCAAAAUACUAGCCAGACUUUGAAGGACGAAAUAAUGGAUUCCGAGGAAUAUAAUCCUUACGAUUUUGUGGCAAUUUACAAAAGUAAGUAUCUACCUACUACCUUUUUCAUAUUACGAUUAUACACGUUACGACUAUAAACACUGAGACACGCGCACACCAAGAGGGCGGCAAAUUACGUGACGCAGGACAAUAUUUUGUAUUCCACAUAUUUGAACUUACGAGCGUUAAUCGAGUUUAGUGGCGUAGUGAUAGAAUAGCAUACUAGAAAUUACUAUUGGACAAGUUAGGGACUUUCGAAUGACAUUUUUUUUUUUUAUUUAUAUUUGUUGGCCUUUAUACAAUAUUAGAAGUUUUAUUUACGCCACUGGUUGAGUAUUGGCAGAAUAAAGCAAUUCAGUACAUUCGUAAACUUGCUUCACAGUGUUUGUAAUAUAGUUUACUUUGAAUGUAUCAAGUAGUUUUAAUUACAAUUUAUUAUAAUUCCUAUGAUUUUUUUUCUAUAUUACGAUGAAAGAAAUAUUAAUUGAAGAUGUUUGUCCACAUAACGUAUUAUGCAAUACUAGCUACAUCACUGUUGAUUAUAUGAAAUCAAAAUUACAAAUUGAUAAAUGAGACACAAUUUCUGAUGAUCUCAUCUACUUAAUUCAUUUUAAAGUAAUUUAAUUUAACAGUAAAAAUUGUCCAUUUCUUCAUUUAAAUCAGUCUCAGAACUUAGGUUUAGUUGGCAAAGUUAGUUAAUUUCAUCAUUGUGUUCUAUGACUAAUUGCAUUCAAAGAUGAUGAAUAACUGUAUUGCAAUGUGCACUCAUAUGAAUUUCACAGUUUUUAACCUAAUUUAAUCCAUGCUGUGUUAGACCAAAUCAAUGUGCGCCAGACCUAAUAGCUAUGUUGUUUUAUAAAAAAAAAAAUUACUUUUUUUUUGAGAAAUACUCUACUUGCAUGACCAAAUGUUAUAGAUAUAGGCAUCAAAUUGAUGAAAUAGUGUAAAAAAAACUGUCGUAGGAUAAUAAGGACAGAUGCAGCCACAGUUGUUGAUGGAAAGUUGUGUAGGUAGGAUACAGAAGAGAAUUUAAUGUAUAUCUGUAAGCAGCGAUAAACCAUUGCUAACGAAAAUUUGAUUCUGAGUAGAGUUUAGUUGAUAGUGAUGCUUUGUCAACAAUAUAUAUGAUAAAAUAAUUAAAUAAGCAUUAUAUAUUUACAUAUACAUUUUAUUAUAUAUAUUUAAUAGUUGUUUAAUAUUAAACCGAUUUUCCCAGUUCACCCCAAGAAAAUUUCAUUUCAAAAAAAGGUUUACAUUGUAUACAUUAGAGUAAGCUUUCUAGUAAAAAAAAUUAAACAUCUUUGUAAAACCAAACAUUUUUUGUUAUACUCAGAAUCUAAAAGUAUACACGUUUUGUUAAAACAAACAGCAAUAAUUAAAUUUCAGAGAUGUAUUUACAUGUUUAGUAUCCAAAGGCAAUGUUUUUUACCUUUAUUUCAUAAGCAGAUAUCUUUAUGUUGGAAUUUCAAACUGCCCACUUUUUAUUUUGUAUUGUACACUUUGGGAUCUAAAACAUAUUAUUGGAUAUAAAAAGGCACUUCUACGAGUGCUAUUAACUUUUGUCAAUAUUCAUUUUUUUUUUUUUCAAUCGGGUUUUGUUUCAGCGGGACACAAAUGUAUGUAAAAAUUAAAUUAAUACUUUCAUCUCUUGGUCACUGAAAAUAAAUAACUUAAUUAUCAGUUUUUAAAAUUUUAAAGAUAGCCAUUGUAUAAAAUGUAUUGCUUUGUAAAUUUGAAUGGAUUAUUCAUGUCCAAUUAAUAGUUUCUUAGUGGCUUUAAUGUAUAUAAAAUAUAAAACAAUUAAAAUUCAAUAGAAAAUAAGGAAUUACUGAUUGUGAUUCCUUAUUGCAUUAUGUGAAUUUAUAUGUAUUUAUGCUAUAAAAAUAUGUAUGGUCCUAUGAGUUCCCAACGAAACAAAUUAUGAUUUAAAAAAUGAAAUUAGUAACAAAAGUUAAAAAAUAAAUUUUUUUGUUUACAAUUUAUGACAUGCAUUUUUAAAUUUUCAAAUUCAAAAGAUUGUAGAUAUGAUUGUAAAACUGCCCUUUACUGAUAUUACCACAUACAAAUAAUAAUACAUUCUCAUGCUAAACUACAUUGGGCUAUAGUUUACUCAUAGUAUUAUUAAAAAUCUUUCAAUAGCUUAGUGGUGGCAUUUAUAUAGUUGUUCAAAAUUUAACAAAAAAGGCUUAGAUUUAGUGUCAUUUAGUUUUCUAAUAAUAUUUGCAAUACCAUAUACAUUGAUUGUUUCAUCAACUGACAUCCAUAUGGGUUCAUCAUCAAUUGAGUUUCAUAGUAGAUUGAUUGAAUAUACAUUUUUUUUAAUGUUUUGUUAAUUAAUCAGAAAUAAAUUGUGCAGUAUAUUUUUCAAAAAUGAUUUUAAAUUAUAAAUUUCAAAUUUUGUUAGCGGAUUAUCAGUAUCAAUAAAAACUCGCCAUAAAUCAAAGUUGAAUGUAUAAAAAUUUGAGGAAGACAGAUGAAAAAAAAAAAUAAAAAUUUUGUUUGAAUUUCAGCUUUUAUCUUUAUUUUUAUUGUGCUUAUUAGUUUUUAAAUGUUGUGUUACAUAAAACCAUUGUUCAAUUGCUAUGGAUUUUUCAUAAACAAAAUAUAGUAUUCAAUUUUACUGUCACUUUGUAAAUGUUCAUCCGGAAAUUCAGAAAUAUACUUUACAGCUUUGCCAGUGUUAGAUAAUCUUACUUUAAGCAUGAUAUUACAGAAAAAUUAUUAAAAGAAGUCUAUAAAUUAUUGAUUUUAUACUAAAUUUAAUAAUAUGUAAAAUAAACACAAAUUACAAACAUGCUCAAAGCACUGCAGUAUUACUGCUUGCUGCUUGUCGCAGUGUUUGUUAUCACAUUUAUAAGAAUAUUUUAGAAAUAGUUACAAUGAUACAUUGAUAAGAUAUCUGGUAGUAUAGUAAAAUUACUUGUCUUUAAACCACUGAAUAACUUAGUGUAAUUUAUGGUCAUUAGUAAAUUACUUCAUUAAGCUGAUAGAUAGCUGGUAAUAGAAUAACUGCCUGAGUUUUAAUUAAUUAAAUAUAUUAUCAAUUUAGUAACUGAAGAUAUUUAGGUUUAGAUUGAAGGAGAGUUGGUAAUUUGAGAAUAAAUGAAUAUUUUCAAAAAUAUUUUAACACUUGAUCGAAAAACAUUUGGGAUGUUGUUUGAGUCUUUCACACUACAAAAUAGGUGAAAUAAUUAUAGUGGUUAGUAGAGUUCAGGAGUUAUUGCAUUUAAAAUUCACAAAAAAGCACUUAAAAAUAUUUAAAACUCAUUGAAAAAAAGCACUUCAAGCAAAUAUGAUAGACCAAAUGGUAGAUGCGUUUAGAUGUCCCUUAUCUAACGACUAAAUUAUUAAAUAUAAUUUUCUAACACAGCACAAAUUAUUAUCAACAAUUUAUUUUAUUUAAAUGAAAUGGUAGGUAUUAAGAAAAAAAAAAAUAUUUAUUAGUUACGCCAUUAGGGAAAAGACAUUAAACCCUUCUACCAUUCAGUCUAAUAAUAUUUGGUUAGAGUAUUUUUUUGUGAGUUUUAAUACAAUAAAUCCCAAACUCUAGUUAUUAGAAAUACAUAUCAAGAUUAAUUAAAACUAUUUUAAAAUUGUAUACUUUUCAUAAAUUAUUAUUUUUAAAUCAUAUGACGACUAAUUGAACAUAUUUCUUUUUAUAAAUGUGUUUAAUUCAUACAAUUUUUAGGACUGGAAAAAGAAAGAAAUGAGAAGAAAAAAAUUGCAUUAUUGAAUAAAGAUUCAAAGUUAAAUAAUUCGUCAGAUUGUAAUGAGCAAUCAAGUUCAACUGGACAAUGGUUUGUUAAUAAAUAAUAGUACUAUUCUAAAGUUUUAAGCGUGUCAUAUUGAUAUUCUAAACAUAACUAUUUUAUAAUUGUUAAUAAUUUGUAUAGUGUAAAGAUUGAGGAUUCUUCAGAAACUGAUUUCAGUUCUCCUUCUAAAAAUACUAGAUCGGCUACAAAGAUUAAAUUAAAUGCUUUGGAGCUACAGACAGCAAAGUAAGUUUUAUUUAAAAUUAUUCAACAUGCAUUCAUUGUUUAUUAUUGAUAAAUUCCAGAAGAUCGGCUACAAUGGUAAAAUCGGAUGUUGUGGCGCCACAGACAGCAAAGUAAGUUUUAUUUAAAACUAUUCAACAUGUAUUCAUUAUUUAUUAUUAUUCAUAAAUUCCAGAAGAUCGGCUACAAUGGUAAAAUCGGAUGUUGUGGUGUUACCGAAAGCAGAGUAAGUUUUAUUUAAAACUAUUCAACAUGUAUUCGUUAUUUAUUAUUAUUCAUAAAUUCCAGAAGAUCGACAACAAUGGUAAAAUCAUUUAUUUUUGAGUCAUCGAGAGCAGAGUAAGUUUUAUUUAAAACUAUUCAACAUGUAUUCAUUAUUUAUUAUUAUUCAUAAAUUCCCAUAGUUAUAAUUCAUCGGUAAAAUCAUAUAUUUUGGAGUCACCGACACAAGAGUAAGUUUUAUUUAAAACUAUUCAACAUGUAUUCAUUGUUUAUUAAUAUUCAUAAAUUUCAGAACUUUGUCUGUAACAGUAAACUCAAAUAUGUUUGUUGUGAAGGCACUGCCUACAAAGUAAGUUUUAUUUAAAACUAUUCAACAUGUAUUCAUUGUUUAUUAUUAUUCAUAAAUUCCAGAAGACCGACUACAGCGGUAAAAUCAAAUGUUGUGGCGCCACAGACAGCAAAGUAAGUUUUAUUUAAAACUAUUCAACAUGUAUCCAUUGUUUAUUAUUCAUAAAUUCCAGAAGAAGACGUUAUCAACCAUCAACUGAUAAUUGUAGAGUAAUUGGACCAGUAAUAUGCAUUGGAGACUUUGAUGAUGGUUAUAAUAUGCCACCACCAUUAUCCUCUCCAAUGCCUCCAUUGCCUCCAAUUUUUGAUGAUGAGGUAGAUGCUCUUAUUGCUGUAAGUAUUUAGUUAUUUAUAAUUUAAUAUUAUUAAAAUAAAUGGAUUUUUUUAUUAAUAUAAUUUCUUGUGAAUUAUAAAAUUAUAAUUUGUCUAACUUUUUAUAAAAACUAAUUAUGGCAACUAUAUUUGCCAAGUUGAUAAACAAUAUCAACUUCAGUAUUUCAAACUUGGAUGGAAAAAAUAUAUUUAGAAAUGCUGGUUUCAUAAACAUUUAGGAGACAUGAUACUAAAUUAUAUUUUUGUGAUUAAUUCAUUAUUAAAAUUUAAUUCAUUCUUUUUUAAAACAUAACAUCAUUUUCGUUUGAUUUGAUUAGAGACACAAAAAUAAUACAUAUGAUAAUGGAGUUUAUGAAGAUGAUGUUGAAACACUUAAUCGUGUUGUAAAUGUCAAAGUCUUUUGGUGUAAAAAGCGUACAUAUAAAUUUCCUAUUAGAAUGGUAUGAAAAUAUUUUAAAGCUCUUACAGAUAUUAAAUGUAUUGUAUAUAAUUUAAAAAAUUCAGUUUCAGUCAAUUGAAAGCAUUUAUGAACACUUCGCAAAAUUGGAAGAUGUAGAUAGAUCAUACAUAAAGUUGCAAUUACGCAACAAGACUCUAUCAGAGACAGAUACGCCAAAAUCCUUCAAAUAUAAAAUCGUCGAUUUCAUUGGUAAUAUUUAUUAUUUUACUUUAUAUUUUAUUGUGUAAGCAGUUUUUGAAGCUAUUAUAUAUUUUAUAGGUAAAGCCUAUACAAUAAAUAAUACUCAGGUUUUUUUUAAAAAUUAUUUUCUAUGAUAAUAUGUAAAAACUGUACAUUGUUUAACUAAUUACAUUUGUAAACACACCAGUCCUCCAUCUCCUGAUACUCAACUCUUGGCCUUGUCAAGCCAGUCUCAUAAAUAGCUCCAUGAAAUAGGAAAAUCGCUGAAUAAAAAGUUAUAUUAAAACUUGACUUAAGUACUCAAAUAAUAUAGAUAAUGCUCUUCAACAUUUUACAAACACAAUUCAAUCAACUACAUGGAGUUCUACUAUUAAAAACCCUCCUAGAGCCCAAAACUCUUUCCAAUUCACAUUUGCUUACUUUUCUAACCUCAUCAUGACAUGGUUGAUAACACAUUCGAAGAGUAUGUUGAACACUUUUUAACCUCCUUUAUGUCUAUUGAACUUUAAUAUUAUUUAAAAUAAUUUCCACCCAAAAAGGCUCUGGGUUGGACCUAAUUAAAGCCAAAAUAGCUACCCAACUUACCAAAAAAGUAAUUAUAUAACUUUCUCAUAUGUUAAAUUCUAUCUUAAGGCUUUAUUAUUUUCCUUUUCAAUGGAAAAUAUCUGUUAUAAUCUUAAUUUUAUAACUAGGAAAGCCUCCUAACAUCCCUCUUUCUUAUCGCCCAAUAUUUUUUCUGCCUCUUUGGGAAACUUUGUGAGAAAUUAGUUUUAUUAAACAUAUAUCCCCCUUUAUAAAGGAUGUACUAAUUGUCUCACACGCCCAGUUCGGCUUCUGUAAGAGAAAUUCAGCUAUCCAUCAAAUACACUGGUUGACAGCCUCAAUAAUCUACUCUCUGGAAAAUAAAAGAAUACUGCUCAGCUGUUUGACAAAUUUUGGCAUCCUGGCCUUUUGUACAAGUUAAAAAAAAUCAAACACAAUUCUUGGCAAUCCCCCCCCCCUCACAGGUUAAACAGAAAAUGGUGUUUGGACUUAAUGAAUGAUAAAUACAACUAUGAUGGUUAUGAAGACACCAUAAUUUUAUAAAAAUUAUUUAAAAGUGUAAAAUAUACCAAUAAUAAUUAAUUAUGCCAAUUUAAAUAUAUGAGGGCAUACCCAAAAGAAACCGAACUGAUGUUGUGUGGGACAGAGUUUUAGUAGUACCGAUUUUUUUUUCCCGGUAGGGGCGUAUAAAUAUACUUCUCAACAUUCAAUAUGGCAACAGCCAUCAUCGUGGAAGGUUGUGUUACGUUGGUGUGAUAUUUUUUUAAAAGUAAUUUUUCGUACUUGUCGUUUUUGUAAUGGCUGAUUUGCGUGAACAGCGCGCGGUCUUCAAGUUUUGCUUCCUGCUCGGGAAAACAGGCACAGAAACCCUUGAGAUGUUGAAAACAGCUUACAAAGGUGAUGAUUUAGGGAAAACUCAAGUAUUUAAGUGGUUUUCCCGUUUCGAAAGUGGUGAAAUGUCGAUAGACGACCAAGCUUGCUCCUUCGACAUCGCGAACCAACAAAAAUGUAAAAAAAAUUCACAAUAUUAUCCUGGAAGAUCAACGGCAAACCAUCGAAGAAGUAGUGGAGAGAUCUGGUGUGACAUNACAGAGAAUUUUAAGUGAAGAUUUGGGGAUGAAACGGGUGGCUGCAAAAUUUGUUCCUCGACUGCUAACUGAGCAGCGAAAACAAGGCCGCGUGGAAUCAUGCUCUUCUUCGAAAGAAGAAUUCCAAAAUGACCCAAACUUCUUUUCCAAGGUCAUUACAGGUGACAAAUCAUGGUACUAUGGAUAUGAUCCUGAAACCAAGCAACAAUCGAGCCAAUGGAAGACUCCAGCAUCGCCUCGCCCUAAAAAGCUCGUCAAGUGAGGUCAAACAUUAAGACAAUGCUCAUUUGUUUUUUUGAUGUGAGAGGAGUCGUCCAUUCGGAGUUUGUUCCACCUGGUCAGACAGUUAACCAGGCAUUUUACCUAGGGGUGUUAAAAAGAUUAUACAACAGUUUGAGGUGAAAAAUACCCGAUUUGUGGCAGUCAGGAGACUGGUUUUUUUCAUCACGACAAUGCUCCUGCUCACACAGCCCUUUCUGUAUGGCGGUUUUUGACCAAAAAUGAUAUGACCACUGUGUCCCAUCCAUCCUAUUCACCCGACCUGUCUCCCUGCGACUUCUUUUUAUUCCUCAGAAUGAAAAGGAACAUGAAAGGAAAGCGUUUUGCAGACAUUGAUGAAUUUAUUAAAAAAUGACAGAGGCGUUGGCAGGCAUCUCAAAAAAUGAGUUUAAAAAGUGCUUCGAAAAUUGGAACAAAAGAUUGGACAAGUGCAUUAACUCCAACGGAGAGUACUUUGAAGGAGAUUAAAUGUUUUUUGUAAAAAAAUUAAAUAAAUAACUUUGUACAAAAAUAGUUCGGUUUUUUUUUGGGUAUGCCCUCGUAUAUCAUUAGAAAUAUUACUAAAUACUAUUUGAAAAACAUUUAGAACAUUAAUUACAUCCUAAAAAGUUGAUUCAGAGAAAAAAGAAAUUGUCUGGCUAGAAUUUAAUUUGGUUCCAUUGUGCUGUGCUAAGAUUAUUUUAUUUUAAAUGUUUACAGCUUAUGUUUUCUACAUAAAAUAUUGCUCUAAAAGAAGAAUGACAAAAGACUUUUUUUUUAUUGAGUUUGUUUUUAAUCUUGUUGAUUACCAAGCAAAUAGUUUUUAUUAACUUUCUUUGUAAUUUUAUUAAUAAUCGAGUAAAAUUGAAAAAUUCAUAGAAAAAAGAGCAAACUGUACUUAAAUAAAUCUUUUAUUAUUUUAUAUAUUGUUUGUUUUUUAAUGACUUGAAGUUUAAACAGAAAAUGUAUAUUUACUUUCUCUAGAUAUAAACUUUUCAAAAUAUUUGAGACAUUUUAUUUUGCAAGUUUUUAUGUUGUUUUUAUUUGUUAGGUUUUAUGUAUAAACUCUUAUUCUCAACAGAAAUGCUUGAAAAUUUGAUAGAAGGUUCAUUAUGAGGGUGUGGUUAUGUUGGGUACAAGUAUAAAUUAAAUAACCUAUUAAUUAAUGUUUAUUAAUGUCACCUUCCCCACUACACGCCUCCAACAGUGGCUGCACUUCUCCCCAGUAUCAGCAUUUUUUUUUUAUAGAUAUUUUUAUUAUUGCAUGAUAUUUAGUAUAAGUAAAUUACACAUCAAUAAUAAAAAUGAAAGAAUAGGUCCUGAAUAAUUAAUUUAAUUAAUUUAAACAAAGUGCAAUUGAGAACUAAAAAAAAUGCAAUUUUCUUAUUGUAAAAGUAAGAUUUAUAUAUAAGCCUCCUUUAGGGGUUAAUUCAGGGGGAGUAUAUGCACCUAAUUAGUCUAUAGAUCUACCCAAAUAUAAGAAGAGAAAAUUCCAUAAUAUUUAUAGACAUUUUAUUAUUUAAAAAUUAUAAUAUUUUUAUUUUCUAGAUGGUGAAAUUGAAUAUUAUAAAAGCCCAUAUGAUCAACCAGAAGUCCCUGAAGUUAAAGAAGAAGAAGAAGAAGAAGAAGAAGAAGUGAAGUUUUGUAUUAAGCAAAAAGAUGUGAAACGUCCAUUUUUUAUAAGUAUUAACAAAACUGACAAAAUGAUAAUUUUAUACAUUAAAAUAUCUGAGAAGUUAGGUAUAGAUGUUAAUAACUUUACAUUGAUAUUUGAUGGAGAAAAAAUAAAACAAUCUGAUAACAUGGAAAGUUUAGAACUUGAAGGGGAUGAAUGUUUUGAUCUCUACCAAAAACCAGCAUGAUUCAUUUUUUUAAAUAACUUUGCAUUAUUUAGGGGAGCAUUGAGAAAGUUUUUAAUAUAAAUAUAAUAAAAAAUAAUAUUACUUAAAUCAUUACCUAUAUGGUUUCUUGCUUUUUUUUUUU